AUGAUGUUUGAUAAGGGAAAAUAAACUUUGGUGGAGAGAAAUCAAAAUUUAUUACUCAAAAUAAAAUUUUUUAUUCUUUUAUUAAUUAGAUAAAAAACUAAAAUUUAUAAUUUAUUAUCUGUUAUAAAAUAUUUCAAAAAUUUAAAUCUCAUUAUCAAAACAAUGGGAAGGGCUGUGUUUCGCUUAAUAAAAAUUAAUACCCACACAGAGUACUAACCUAAAAUAUAGGGAAUUAUAAUAUUUUAUAGAAAAUAAAAAAAAUGA